UUUUUUGCAAAGCAAAUCUCAAAAGUGUUGUGUAAAUCAAGUGCUGACCAGUGUUCACGAAAAACUGCCGAAGGAUUAUAACCUAAAAGCAGCAACCACUGGAAAUGGAUUAAUUGUUAAACUGAGUGAGAAGUUCAACGUCAUUUUAUAAGCAAACGUAAAAUAAUUAUUUGGAACUUUUAGCACGAAAACAGCGUAUUUUUAGACAAUCCUUGCGGUGCUUUGGCCCAAGUGAAAUAUACAAUAGUGUAAUCUGCCUGAAAAGUGUCAAAAAUAAAUUGCGUUGGAAAAUAAAAAAAAAUAAUAAACUAAGAAACUUUCUAAUUUAAAUUGUGUGUUAAUUUUUAUGAAACAGCACGCAGGCGCCCUGAGUACGAGGAAAUUCAAAUUAGCAAGUGAAAAAGGAUAUUGCAAGAUGACCAGAAAAGGUUCGAGUCCACUGGGGCUCGACAUGUUGGCUGUCUCAGUGGCAGUGGCAUUCAUAUUUUUGCCAUUAUUAGCACAAGCCGCUCCCCUACAAGAUGCAACUGAAAUUCAACAAUACACAGAAGGCUGUUAUUACAAUUACAAUCACUACAAUGAAGGCGAUAGAAUAUUGACGAAUGAACCCUGCCUGAAUUGUACCUGCCAUAAUAAGAUGCUCAUGUGUUAUCUGCGUGUCUGCCCGUUCACGAAGCCAAUCGGUCACGACUGCAUUGUGGAGAAGCGUGAGGAUCAGUGCUGUCCGAUUAUCACAUGCCCCGAGGUACCAGUUGAUAUUGCGCAUCAUGCACCCGAACCAGGCACUGAACUCAGCAUUCCCGAGAAAUAUGGCUGCAGCAUCGACAGUAAAUUCUACCCAGAGGGCGCACAAGUACCAUCGAACCCAAAUAAGCCCUGCGAGCUGUGUUACUGCAUCAAGAAUCGCACUUCGUGUUUAAUGCAGGAAUGUACGCUGCAUAUUGACGGUUGCACGCCCAUCUACAAUAAGGGUUCAUGCUGUCCCGUGCGUUACAAUUGCGAUCACGAGAAUGACAUUUUGGAAUUGGAGGAUCAUUCGUCGACCACAUCCACCACCACCACGGAGCGUCCAACGCCUGGUUUCAUACUCACAACCACCAUGUCGCCCUCAGUCUCCACCGAUUGUGUACACAAUGGCGAAAUUUAUGCCGACGGCGCGUCCAUUACUGGCAAGAGCGCCUGCGAACAUUGCUACUGUAUGCGCGGAGAUAUUGUUUGUGCUGUGCAAGAAUGUGAGAUGCCAAUGUUGGCCAGCAAUGGCAAGAGUUGCCAUGCAUUGCCACCAGCCGAAGGUGAGUGCUGUCCAAGCAAUUAUGUCUGCGAAGAUGACUCAGCCACAACCGAAGCCUUUGAGAUCACGACUGUACCGUAUGCUAAAGAAGAAGUAGCAGUUACUGCCAGCCCUGAUAAGGACCUGCAUGGCGCCAUUCCAGCCGAGGAUAUUGAACUACAACAACACAUUGAUGAAGAUGAAGAAGAAAAGGUAUCCACCGAUAAGCCCGAGGUCGAAGCCGAACAAGAAGUGGAAGGUAAACCUGCCGAUCAAGUUACUACUUCAACUCCUGAUGUGGCAGCAAUUGGUGCCACUGAAACAGCGGUAACAGCAGAAUCUGAAGAAGCACAAAAGGAAGAAGGGAUUGAGGAUAUUGAGCGUGUUACCACAGUUAAAUCUGAAAUUGCGACCGAAGCACCUGUUGAAGAGCAGAAGACGGAAGAGGAACCGACAAGUACUGAAGCUGCUGAGCAUGUAUAUGGAACAACAGCUGGACCUGAUGGCACCAAACGUAUUGGCAUUGACAUUGACGAGCAUGACAAGGCUACCGCUGAGCCAGCCGCUGAGGAAGAGGUCACUACAGUUCCAAGUACUCAUGUGGAACAUAAGCCAACAGUUGAAUUUGCCGACAGAAUUGAUACUGAAACAGGUAAACCGAUUAGCGAUGAGGCAGCAACGACAGUUCAACCAGCAAUCGCAGAAAUACCAACUACUGUAUCCACGCCUACGAAAGCUGAUAAGGAGUCCGGUGAAGAUGCAAGCGCUGAGACUGUCGAAAGUGAGGAAUCAACAGAAACAUCUGAAGAAGCUAGUGCUGCACAUGAGAAACCAACCACUACACAGCGGCCCGUUGUUGAGAAAGAAAGUUCUGAGGAGUCCACAGAAGUUGCUGAACAAGAAGCCACCACCAAACAACCAAUCGUUGUUGUAUCAGGAGAAGAGCCAGAGAAAUCCACUACGCAGCGGCCUGUUGUUGAGAAAGAAAGUGCUGAGGAGUCCACAGAAGUUAUGGAACAAGAAGUCACCACUAAACAACCAAUUGUUGUUGUAUCUGAAGAGGAGGAAGAGAAACCCACAAGCACCGAGGUCAGUAAGGAGGGCAGCGAAGAAUCAACUGAGUCUGCAGAAGCUGAGGUAUCAACACAACAAUCUACAGAAAUCUCAAGUUCAGAAGAGGAAAUACCUGAUAUGCAAUUGCCAGCUGUUAUACCAGGAGAAGGUGACUGUUUGGUCGGCCACAGAACUUACGAAAAUAAUACAAUUAUACCAACGGCGGACGAGUGUGAUAUAUCUUGCAAAUGUGUUAGCAGCAUUGUUGUUUGCCAGAAGGUUGAGUGCGAUAUCCCAGCAGAUAUUAGCAGAUGUGUUAUCGAUCAAGCAAGCUCCACCAAAUGCUGUCCCGCAUACAUCUGUGAACCACAAGAAACUGCAGCAACUACUGCGCCCAUUGCACAGGAUGAAGAACAGCCAACAGUUGCUCCUAUCUCAGAUAUUCACAUACCUGCUGCUUCUACUGAACAGCCAAUGUCUCAUGUCAAGGAAGAAGAAGAACCAAUUGUAGAAGGUACAGCUGCUCCAGAAAUUGAUCAAACCGCAUCGAUUACCGAAAGUGAAGAGGAUAUCGAGGCAGCUACAGAGUCACCUAUCGCACCUGUUGUCGUUGCUGAAACUGAAGCAGAGAAGACUACUGUCGCACCCAUCGUGGACGCUGGACACGUUGAAACUGGUACAGGUGUUCCAGGUGCUGAGGAAGUUGAGAAGGUUACUGCUAAACCUGAAGAAGAAGGUGUUCCAACCGUGGAAGAAGACAAAGCCACUAUUGAUCACGAAAUUCCUGAAAUCACUGAAAUUGAAAAGACUACAGUUGCUCCAACUGCUGAGGAAGGCGCUAAGGUUACUGCUGUACCUGAAGAAGCAGUUUCAGACGUCGAAAAGGCAACAGAAUCCCUAGUUUCUGAGGAGGUCGAGAAGCCAACAUCUCGUCCAGCAUUCGAUCAAGGUGAAAAGGUUCCUGCUGUACCUGAAGAAGAAACAGUCUCAGACGUCGAAAAGGCAACAGAGUCACCAGUUUCUGAGGAGGUUGAGAAACCAACAUCUCGUCCAGCAUUCGAUGAAGGUGAAAAGGUUACUGCUGUACCUGAAGAAGAAGCACUUUCAGACGUCGAAAAGGCAACAGUGUCACCAGUUUCUGAGGAGGUUGAGAAACCAACAUCUCGUCCAGCAUUCGAUGAAGGUGAAAAGGUUACUGCUGUACCUGAAGAAGAAGCACUUUCAGACGUCGAAAAAGCAACAGUGUCACCAUUUUCUGAGGAGGUCGAGAAGACAACAUCUCGUCCAGCAUUCGAUGAAGGUGAAAAGGUUCCUGCUGUACCUGAAGAAGAAACAGUCUCAGACGUCGAAAAGGCAACAGUGUCACCAGUUUCUGAGGAGGUUGAGAAACCAACAUCUCGUCCAGCAUUCGAUGAAGGUGAAAAGGUUACUGCUGUACCUGAAGAAGAAACAGUUUCAGACGUCGAAAAGGCAACAGUGUCACCAGUUUCUGAGGAGGUCGAGAAGCCGACAUCUCGUCCAGCAUUCGAUGAAGGGGAAAAGGAAGAAGUUUCUGAACCGGUUACCGUCGGUGAGGAUAUUGAAAAGACUACAGUCGCCCCUGUUUCUGAAGGUCAUGAAAAGGUCACCUCUACCUCAAUGGAAGAAAUACCAGAGAAGGUUACUUCGAUACCUACAACAGAAAUUGAAGGAGCUACAGCUACCCCAAUUGCUGAAGAACAAGCGAAACCAACAACAGCUCCUGGAAUUGAAGACAUUUCCGAGGGUGCUACUGCAACAUCCGCUGAAGAAGCAAGCGUCACUGCUACUCCUGCUGCUACUGAAAAAGAAGAAACCGCUCCAGAGUCUGAACAAAUUGAUGAGGUUACUUCUGCUCCUGCUAUCGAAGGCAUUGAAAAGGUUACCGUUGCUCCUAUUUCUGGCGAUGAAGAUAAGGACGGUGUCACAACUGUUCCAGCAAUCGAAGAAAUUGAGAAGACGACAAGAACUCCUGCCACUGCAGAGCCUGAGAAAGCUAUUAGUGAAGAAGCUGAAGAACCUACUGCUACUAUUGUGGGUGAAGAAAGUGAUAAGGCUACUAUUGCUCCUGGCCUUGAAGAAACUGAAAAGGUUACCGCUGCACCUAGUAUCGAUGAGGAAGGACAUUCUAUUCCAGCCUCUGAAGAACCCGAAAAGACUGCUGGUGGAGAAGCUGAGGAGCCCACUGCUAUUCCUGUUGAUGAAGAAUUCGAGAAAGUCACUUCUGCUCCUGCUGUCGGUGGAAUUGAAAAGACUACUUCAGCCCCUGUGUCUGGCGAUGAAGAGAAGGAAGUUGAGCAUAUCACAAUUGUUCCAGCAAGCGAUGAAAUCGAGAAAACAACUAGUACUCCUGCCGCUGCAGAACCCGAGAAGCCCAUUAGUGGAGAAUUUGGGGAGGCUGUUACUGGUCCAGUUGAUGAGGAAUUCGAAAAAGUUACUCCCAUUUCUAUUGACGAAGAAAUUGAAAAGAUUACUUCCGCUCCUGCUGCCGAAGAAGAAGAAAAGGUGGAAAUUGAAAAGACAACUAGUGCUACUAUUCCAGAAGAAGGGGAAAGAACAACAGCUUCUCCCGCUGUUGAAGAUGUGGAGACUAGUACUGAUGCCUCUGCUGUUCCUACCUUCGAAGAAGAAAAGAAAGAAACUUCUGCUCCUGGUACUGAAGGUAUAGAAAAGACAACAUCCGCUCCUCUGGACCAAAGCGUAGAAAAGGUUACUGCUGAACCUACUGCCGAGAAAGGUGAGGAGAUUAGCGCUAGUCCAACUGUCGAAGAAAUUGAGAAAACAACUGUUGCUGCCAUCGCCGAAGAAGCCGAUAAAGCUACCGCUUCUCCAGUUGGUGAAGAACCUGAAGAGGUCACUUCUGCCCCUGUUAUUGAUGAAGUUGAAAAGGUUACCCAAGCUCCUGAAGAAGGAGAAGUUCCAUCAUUUACUGGUAUUCCACGUCUUGACUUGGAUAUUGAAGGACAAUCGGGUACUGCCGCUCCUACCAAGGAUACAGAUGAAAAAGAAACCGAAAGUGUUGCGGAGGCCGAAAAGGUCACUACCGCUCCUGAAAUCGAAACUUCUCACAAAGCUACUGCAGCUCCAGAAAUUGAGGAAGGCGAGGGAAGUGGACAGGUUGAAGAAGGUGAAAAGGCCACUAUUGCUCCUGAAAUCGAAGAUGUUCACAAAGCUACUGCAGUUCCUGAAAUCGAAGAGGCCGAGGGAAGUGGACCGAUUACAUCUGAAGGCGAAAGUAUUGAGGAAGGAGAAAAGAUCACAGCUGCUCCUGGAAUCGAAGAUGUUCACAAAACCACUGCAGCUCCUGAAAUCGAGGAAGCCGAAGGCAGCGGACAGGUUACAUCAGAAGGUGAAGGCAUUGAAGAAGGAGAAAAGGUCACAGGUGUUCCUGGAACCCAAGAUGUUCACAAAACUACUGCAGCUCCUGAAAUCGAAGAAGCGGAGGGAAGCGGACAGAUUACACCUGAAGGAGAGACUGUUGAAGAAGGUGAAAAGGUCACAGCUGCUCCUGGAAUCGAAGAUGUUCACAAAACUACUGCAGCUCCUGAAAUCAAGGAAACCGAGGGAAGCGGACAGGUUACAUCAGAAGGUGAAAAGGUUACUGCUACUCCUGAAAUCGAAGGUAUUCACAAAACUACUGCAGCUCCUGAAAUUGAAGAAGCUGAGGGAAGUGGACAAGUUACAUCAGAAGGUGAAAGCGUUGAAGAAGGUGAAAAGGUCACUGCGGCUCCCGAAAUUGAGGAAGGUCUUAAAAAGAUCAGUGAUGUGCAGGAAGGCGAAAAUAUUACAUCUGCUCCAGUUACAGAAGAAAUUGAACAUGUUACCGCAGGUCCUGGUGCACAGGAAGCUGAAGGUGUGGAAAAAUCUACUCUUGCUCCUGAAUUCGAAAGUGUUGAAAAGAUCACUGCUGCACCUACUUUGGAGGAUACUGAGAAAUCAACAGUUGCUCCUGCACAGGAAACCGAAGGAGCCGAAAAAACUACGGCCUCUCCUGACACGUCUUAUGCCGAAGCCGCAGAGAAAACUACCCGUACACCAGAAAUUGAAGAUAUUGACAGAGUCACUGAAAAGGCUCCUGUCGCACCUGAACACGAAGAAGGUGAAUUUUUGGAGAAAACUACUCUUGCUCCUGAAUUCGAAGGUGUGGAUAAGGUUACUAUUGUUCCUGAUAUCGAAGAACUUGAAAAGGGUACCGUCGUUCCUGGACUCGCAAAGGAUGAAGUUCCUGAAACUGAAGAAAUCGACAAAGUUACCGCCGCUCCUGGCACCGAAAAAGUUGAAAAGCCUAGUGAUGUUGACCAUGUUAAGGCAGGUGCUGAGAAGGUUACAACCACACCUGAAGUCGACGAAGCUGAAAUAUCUACUGCCGCGCCCACAAUCGAAAUUGACGAAGUUCCUGAAAUCGAAGAAGCCGAUAAAAUCUCUGUUACUCCUAGUAGUGCGGUAUCUGAAAAGGAAACCGUUACUCCUGAUGUUGGGGGUGAUGAAUUUUUGGAAAGUACUACUCUUGCUCCUGCUCUUGAUGUCGAAGGUAUUGAAAAGACCACUGCAACUCCAACUGCAGAAGAACCCGAAAAGGAAGACUUUGAAAGAACCACGGUUACCCCUCAUGCUGAAUCUGCAACUAAAGUCACGUCUGUUCCAACUGCUGAACAGCCUCAAGAAGUUACAUCUGCUCCUGGAGCUCAAGAUGUUGAUCAUGAAAAAGUCACAACCGCUCCUGUGGCCGAUGAGGAAUUCGAGAGAGCUACUGUUGCUCCUGGAGUGGACGCUGGAAUCGGUUUUGAUGACAGCAAGAAAGAAACGGAUGACUCUGAGAUUCAUAAAGCAGAUAAACACACUACUAUUCCUCCAACUGAGGUCGAAAGCGAAGGUAUUACAAUUGCUCCUCGCUUGGACUUGGACAUCGAAGAAGCCACCGUUCAACCUGUUGUACCAUCUCUAGAAGACACAAAUGUUACUCCAGCUCCAGCAGUAAUAGCUGAUUUAGAAUCAGUAGAGGAAAGCGAUACAUCAGUAGAAUCAGAAGAAGAGAGCACAACUGAACAUAAAGUACAACAUAUUGGAGAAUUCGUUACGGAUCAUAUCUUGCAUAGCACUACUGAAAGUGCUAUUAAACCCAUUGAGCCAUCCAAGGACGAGUUGGAAGCUUCAGGUGAAGAAGGCGAAAAUAUUGAGGAUAUAACCAUUGAACCCGCUUUGAAACCACAAUUUGUGGGCGCAGACAUGGUUGCAGUUACAGAUAAGUCUACAACCGAGGAAGAGACUACGAAACCUGAAAUCAGCGAGGAAGCUCAACCAGCGUUAGAUGAGGCAGCUAAGGAGAAACAACCUACUCCAGCUGCUCCAGAAACCGAAGCUGAGGAAGCAGCAGCAACAUCGAAACCCGAAAAGGAAGAAGAGAAACCAACAUCAGCUAAACCACAAGGCGUCGCCGAUGAACGAGAAUUCACCACUGCUGUUCCGCAAAUAGAUACAGUCAAGGAAGAGCAACACACCACGGGCAAACCUUUGGUUGAGGUAGCCGAAACUGUAACUGAAUCUGAAAAAGAGGAACAACCGGCCGCAAGCAAACCUCAGGUCGAAUCUGAAGAAGAAGAACAACCUGCAACAGCUAAACCUGAAACCGAAUCCGAAGAGAAGGAGCAACCUUCAACAGCUAAACCUGAAAUCGAAUCCGAAGAGGAGGAACAACCAGCAACAGUUAAGCCUGAAGUUGAAUCUGAGAUCACAGUAACAGCCGCUCCUGCGGUCGAAUCCGAAGAAGAGAAACAACCUGCAACACCUAAACCUGAAAUCGAAUCCGAAGAGGAGGAACAACCAACAACAACAGCGACAGUUAAGCCUGAAGUCGAAUCUGAGACAUCAACAGCCGCACUGGGAGUCGAAUCUGAAGAGAAACAACCUGCAACAGCUAAACCUGAAAUUGAAUCCGAAGAGAAGGAACAACCAGCGACAGUUAAGCCUGAAGUUGAAUCUGAGAUCACAGUAACAGCCACUCCUGCAGUCGAAUCCGAAGAAGAGAAACAACCUGCAACACCUAAACCUGAAAUCGAAUCCGAAGAGGAGGAACAACCAGCGACAGUUAAGCCUGAAGUUGAAUCCGAUAUCACAGUAACAGCCGCUCCUGCUGUUGAAUCCGGAGAAGAAAAACAACCUACAACAGGUGCUCCUGAAAUUGAAUCCGAAGAAGAGGUAGAAUCAGCGACCGGCAAACCUCAGUUCGAAUCUGAUGAAGAAAAGAUCCCAGCUACAGCCACUCCAGUGACUGAAUCAGAAGAAGAAAAACAACCUGCAACUGCUAAACCUGAAAUUGAAUCCGAGGAUGAGAAACAGCCAGCGACAGCUAAGCCUCAGGUCGAAUCUGAUGAAGAAAAGAUUCCUGCAACAGCUGCUCCUGAAAUCGAAUCCGAAGAGGAGGAACAGUCAGCGACAGUUAAACCUGCGUACCCAGAAUCAGCCGCUCCUGAAGUCGGGUUCGACGAAGACAAACAACCUGCAACUGUUAAACCUGAAAUUGAAUCCGAAGAAGAGGUAGAAUCAGCAACAGCUAAACCUCAGGUCGAAUCUGAUGAAGAAAAGAUCUCAGCAACAGCUGCUCCCGUUACAGAAUCUGAAGAAGACAAACAACCUGUAACAGCUAAGCCUGAAAUUGAAUCCGAAGAGGAAGAACAGCCAGCGACAGCUAUGCCUCAGGUCGAAUCUGAUGAAGAAAAGAUUCCUGCAACAGCCGCUCCUGAAAUCGAAUCCGAAGCUAAGCCUGCGUACCCAGAAUCAGCCGCUCCUGAAGUCGGGUUCGACGAAGACAAACAACCUGCAACUGUUAAGCCUGAAAUUGAAUCCGAAGAAGAGGUAGAAUCAGCGACAGCUAAACCUCAGGUCGAAUCUGAUGAAGAAAAGAUCUCAGCAACAGCCGCUCCCGUUGCCGAAUCUGAAGAAGACAAACAACCUGCAACAGUUAAGCCUGAAAUUGAAUCCCAAGAGAAAGAACAGCCAGCGACAGCUAAGCCUCAAAUUGAAUCCGAGAUCCAGGCGUCAGUCGCUCCAGAAGUUGAAUCUGACAAACCAUCUGCAACAGCUAAGCCUGAGGCCGAAGUUGAAGAAGAACAGCCAGCAACAGCCGCUCCUAAAGUUGAAUCAGAAGAAGAAAAACAACCUGCAACUGCUAAACCCGAAAUCGAGUCCGAAGAGGAGGAACAACCAGCAACAGCUAAGCCUCAGGUUGAAUCUGAUGAUGAAAAGAUCACAGUAACAGCUACUCCUGAAGCCGAAUCAGAAGGAGAAAAACAGCCGGCAGCUGGUAAACCUGAGAUCGAAUUCGAAGAGAAGGAACAACCAGCGACAGCCAAACCUGAGGUCGAAUCUGAUGAAGAAAAGAUUCAUGCAACAGCCGCUCCUGAAAUGGAAUCCGAAGAGGAGGAACAACCAGCGACAGCUAAGCCUGCGUACCCAGCAUCAGCCACUCCUGAAGUCGGUUUCGACGAAGAAAAACAACCUGCAACAGCUAAACCUGAAAUUGAAUCCGAAGAUGUAGAAUCAGCGACUGCCAAGCCUCAGGUCGAAUCUGAUGAAGAAAAGAUCACAGCAACCGGUGCUCCUGAAAUCGAAUCUGAAGAAGAAAAGCAACCUGCAACUGCUAAACCUGAUAUCGACUCCGAAGAGAAGGAACAACCAGCGACAGCUAAGCCUGGGUACCCAGCGUCAGCCACUCCUGAAGUCGGUUUCGACGAAGAAAAACAACCUGCUACAGCUAUACCUGAAAUUGAGUCCGAAGAGGAGGAACAACCAGCGACAGCCAAACCUCAGGUCGAAUCUGAUGAAGAAAAGAUCCCAGCAACAGCCGCUCCUGGAAUCGAAUCCGAAGAACAAAAACAACCUGCAACAGGUGCUCCUGAAAUCGAAUCGGAAGAACAGAAACAACCUGCAACAGCUAAACCUGAAAUUGAGUCCGAAGAGGAAGUACAAUCAGCGACAGCUAAACCUCAGGUCGAAUCUGAUGAAGAAAAGAUUACUGCAACAGCCGCUCCUGAAUCCGAACUCGAAAAAGAAUCAGCCACGAGCAAACCGGAAGGUGAAGUCGAUGAGGAUAAAGAAACUGCAUCAGUACCACCUACGACUGAAGCUGAAUCGGAAACGGAGAAGCAGCCAACAGCAACCAAACCAGAAACCGAUGUUGGCGAAGAACAACAAACAGCAACUGUGCAACCUGUGGCCGAAACAGAAGGCGAUAAGCAACACACUCCUGAAGAAGCAGUGCCCGCCAGCUCUACUGAGAAGACAGAAACAUCUGAAGAAGAAGCUGAAGUCAGUUCAGAAGAGAAACAAGGCAUCACAACUGUACAUCCGCUAUUCCCACAUAUUGUUACCACACUGCCAACGCCAGCUAUCGACAGCAGAGUUGAUGUCGUCGCCAAUACAACUGCGCAAUCCGAAAUUCUUACGGAAACCACCACACCCACAAAUCUCAUCGCCAGUGAUGUGCUCGUUACAACACAACCCACAAUCACACACUAUCCACCACCGGCACCCGUCUACGGCCAAUAUCCAUCCUACAACGAUGAAUAUCCCGACGAAGACGAAUCUGAGGUCUUCGGUCCCGGCACCUGUCGCUAUGGCGGCAAACUUUACGUGUCCGCACAGCAAAUACCACGCGACGAUCCCUGCGAUUUCUGCUUCUGCUUCCGAAGCGACAUUAUCUGCUUGCAACAAUCUUGCCCGCCACCAAUUGCCGGCUGUCACGAGGAACCGAUCUCUGGUUUCUGUUGUCCACGAUACGAAUGUCCCGUGUCGAUGGCAACCGUACUGAAUAUCACCACCAGUACGACAACGACAAGCACAACACUGCCGCCACACUUCCUGCACCACUCGUAUGGCGGUGCGGUGCAACGUAACGGCUGUCUGAUCAACGGCCGAUCAUACAAGGUUGGCGAGAAGAUCGAAUCGACGAGCGGUCCCUGCAUCAAUUGCACUUGCGGCGGCGAUGGAAAGAUGAAAUGUGAUCCUCAGGCGUGCGUGCCCGAGCCCACGAUGCAGCAGGUGAUGGCUGUCGUGGCGACCGGCCGGAAGAGAUGAAAUAAUCGCUAAGCAUUAACGCUUACGCAUACAACACAGCAGAUAAAGAACACGCACACACACACUCAAACACAAACACAAAGCAAGACUAGUGAACUUAAAUGAAUCUGCAAUCCCGGUGCCAAAAUCACAAUGAAACAUUAUGGAAUUAUGGAGAAGUCGAAGCAAAUAUUGAAGAGACGAAGGAAACUAUGCAAAACAAAAAAAAGAAGAAGAAACAAAAAUAAAAAACGAACGUUUUCGAGGCGAAAAAUGAGUUGGGCACACAUACCUACAUACAUAUCUGCGUAUGUGUUGUAUAUGUAGCUCCGUUAUUUUUGCUUUGAACACACAAACCCUUAUUAUUAUUAUAUUUAAUAGGUAUAUACUAUAUUUAUAUAUAAAUAUUAUUUUUUUUUUUGUUUUUGUUUUUGUCGAACUAGCAUACGAGCAAACAACCAGUGAUAUUGUGCUGUAUACCUAGUAUAGGUGCAAUUAACAAUUUUGUAAUUAAGGACGCACUUACUUAAGCGAAAUUUUCGUUUGUAAUUUGUAAUUGUAAAAAAAAACACAACAACAAAAGCAAAGCAAGCAAACGAACCUAACGUAAUUUUAUAUUAUAAAAAAAUAUAUAAUAAAUUUUAGUAAUAUUUGUAACGUGGUUCUUUGUGUGCGCACGAUUGCAGCGGCACGACGUGCAAGAAAAGAAAAUAACCGUUAGACAUAUGUAAAAUAUAAAUUCAAGAGACUCUCACUAAAAAAAAAUAUGUUAAAAGCGAAAACACCAACCCGCAUGCGUCGUUUGGCACGCAUAUUGUGGCUGCCACAAAGAAUAACGUUAUGAAUUGUAAAAACUUUGCCAUUAACUAUAUUUGUAUUCGAUAUAUACAUAUAUUUAACCACUAUGCUAGACAUGCGCUAGCGCCUAAUUGUAGACUAUGAUUUUUACUAAUUUUUAUAUGCGACACUUGCAACGAACUUUUUUAAUAAAAAUAUAUAUAUUUUAAUGUUGCUACUAGUCUUCUUAAAUUGUACGAGCAACAACGAGAAAAAAACG